AUGGCAGAUGGACAUUUCAUCUCCAUGUGGGAUGGAGACCUUGAAGAAGAAGAUGUAUGGGCUGUGGGGAAGGAGAGAUCAGAAGAUUCAAGCCCAAAAGCACUGAGAAAGGCUUCACCUUCUACAUGGCGUUUAUCUGCUGCUCCAAGGCUGAUCCCUAGGGCUAGCUCUGUAGCUGGUAGUAAAGAGCCAAAAGUGUCUGAACAAUCAUCAGCUCCAUUGAACAUUCCCGACUGGUCCAAGAUUUACAGGAAGAACUCCAAGAAGGGGGAAGCUGGAGCUGGUUCAAGAGUUUGUCAAAAUGAGGUUCACGAUCAUGAUGACAUUAUUGAUGUUGUUGUUGAUGGUGAUGUGGAUGGUGAUGGUGAUAGUGAUGAUGAGGAAAUGGUUCCUCCACAUGAAUGCAUAGCCAGGAAGCUUGGAAGAAGCCAGAUCUCUUCCUUCUCCAUGUGUGAAGGGAUUGGAAGAACUCUCAAAGGAAGAGAUCUCAGAAAAGUUCGAAAUGCCAUCUUAACGAAAACCGGUUUCCUAGAGUGA